GAGUAGUCGCUUCGGAUGGCCGAUGAUGAGGGACUUCCUGAUCAGCAGUGACUUUCACUCAUAAAAUAUAACGUCAUAUAAUUCUUGUCUUUGAUUUUCACAUCAUUACGUCACCGGGAUUUCAAUAUUAUUUAAUGAUUUAAAAGCGACAAGGUUCCAUAAAGAUUUGCCAUCGUCAAAGCAAGCUUACGUUGUGUAGCUAGUGAGCUAGCAUCAACGUUUGCUGUGUUUUCGCCAUGUCCGCCUCUGCUGGGUGCUCUCCGGUGGGCCACAACUCGGCCCUCAGCUCCAGUAUGUCAAUGUUUCGCUGGCUAGAAGUGCUUGAGAAGGAGUUUGACAAAGCUUUUGUGGACGUGGAUUUGCUACUUGGGGAAAUAGACCCAGACCAAGUGGACAUUACGUACGAGGGUCGGCAGAAGAUGACCAGCCUUAGCUCGUGCUUUGCUCAGUUGUGCCACAAAUCCCAGACUGUUUUCCAACUUAACCAUAAACUGGAGGCCCAACUUUUAGAUCUUCGCUCUGAGCUAAGCGAUGCCAAGGCGGAGCGGGCGGUUGUGGAGAGAGAAGUCCAUGACCAAUUACUGCAGCUUCAUGCUCUCCAACUACAGCUCCAUGCAAAAGAAGGCCAAGUUCCAGACUCUGAAUCCAUCAAAGACAGACUCCCUCCCCCAACAAUGGAACACAUGCAACAUGAAUUGCAGGCCAGCAAGAAGGAGAAGUUUGCAGAGGCAAAGCUUGUGGCUGACAUGAGACUUUAUAAGAAAGAAAAUGAGGCGCUCCGUCGACACAUGGCAGUACUUCAGGCUGAAGUGUACGGUGCUCGACUGGCUGCCAAAUAUUUGGACAAGGAACUUGCUGGCAGGGUGCAGCAAAUCCAGUUACUGGGCCGUGACAUGAAAGGCCCGGCCCACGACAAGCUGUGGAACCAACUAGAGGCCGAGAUCCAUCUUCACCGCCACAAAACCGUCAUCCGAGCAUGCAAGGGGCGCAACGAUCCCAAGAAACCGCUUCCCUCACCUGUUGGGCACGAUCCAGACUUGUUGAAGAAAACCCAGGGAGUGGGUCCUAUCAGAAAAGUGUCACUUGUCAAAGAAGACCAUGAGGGUCUGGGCAUCUCCAUCACAGGAGGAAAAGAGCAUGGUGUUCCUAUUCUCAUCUCAGAGAUCCACCCAACCCAGCCAGCCGACCGAUGUGGAGGCUUGCAUGUUGGAGAUGCCAUUUUGGCUGUCAACAGCAUCAAUCUGCGUGAUGCUAAACACAAGGAAGCUGUCACCAUUCUCUCCCAACAGUCAGGACAAAUCGAGUUUGAAGUAGUCUACGUGGCUCCAGAGGUGGACAGCGAUGAUGAGAAUGUGGAGUAUGAAGACGACAACGGACAUCGCUACAGACUCUAUCUGGAUGAGCUCGAGGAAAAUAGUACAGCGCCACCUAGAGGCAACUCGACAGCACCAUCAUUACAGGCAGGUCUAGCAAGUAUGUUGUUGAACAACGGGACAGAAAAUGGAGAUACUGGAAUCUCCAGUGAAGCACCAUCAGAGGAAACUCCCUCCAAGGCUCCCAACAGUCAUGGCUCCUCUUAAGACCACUCAGCCGCACCAAUCAAAGUUUUAUUGUGCAAGUUCUUUUCCGAUUACCGAAUCAAAUGUGUGACAAGCAGUUAGUUUGUUUCCCUGUUGUUUUCUGUACAGUUUCAAGUUUUUACUUUGGAGUGGGCUCGUGGCAAUGAUUUGAAGGAAAGAAUUGUUACUUAGUUACUUACACCAACUGGGUCAUACCAUACAUUUUGGACCCAAUUUUCCGGCACGUAAACUCAGCAAAUAGUGUUUUGCGUCGGCUUUGUACACGUGCAAAAGCAAUGCAGAGUGAAGGUGAUGCAACCGUCCCAAAAGGACUUGGUGGUUACUGUGUGUUGAUGGACAGAUUUGUUUGGUAAGGUUUCCAUUAUAGUUAUCCACACCACCUUCUUUCCACAAAGUCCUACCAAAUAUUUUGAGUCCCUCCAGAAACACACCUUCAGAUGCUUUCUUUUGCCAAACCUAACAGUGCCACCGUGCCUGUUAAAAUUCUAUUUAUAUGGCAGUGACUAUGGUUCAAAUCCAUUAUGGUCUUUACUAUUACACUACUGGUUUUUUCUAUUCUAGCUGCCUCCUCAACUUUAGUGGUGUAAUCAAUUUUUAAUGCAAGUCUUCAUAUACUAAUGUGGGUAUACGGUGGAUUUAAAAGUCUACACAUCCUUCUGCAAAAAGCAGGUUUUUGUGACAUAAUAAUUUCAAAACUUUGAUGCGACCCUAUCAUAUAACCCUGACAAAUUAAGAUGAUGAGGGGGUUGGUUGUCAUCUAAACCAAACACCAAUUCCUGCAGCUUCUUGAAUGUCUUUUCAUCAGUUUUGAAGAGAUUGUCAGUUCUUGGUAAUGUUUAUUCUCCACUUGCUGUUUUAACUAUUUCAUGAUAUAUUCAAUUUGUUGUUAUUUCUUUUAUACUCUUAAUAUCUUUGGAAGUGCUGUGUGAAACAUGGCUUAUAACAUCUAACAUGACAGGAAAAGACAACUAGAAUACUUGAAACAUAUUUGGGGGGCAACCAAACUCUUUAAAUAAUGGCAGAUGUUUGCUGAUUUAUUUGGCAUGAGUAUAUAUAUAGAUAUAAUAUAUACACACAUACAUACACGCACACGUACAUAUGCAUAGACAAAAGUCCGUUUUAGCAGGGAUGUGUAAACUUUUUAUUUCCACUGUAUGUACAAAAUAAUCACUUUCUUUUGUGUAAGUGACUUGUACUCAGUGUCACCAACAUUGACAGCCCAGAAAGACUUGGUGUGCUUUUGCCACUUGAAGUGGAAAAUUUAGUAAACUAAAACUCACUGACCUAAACAUGUUUGUGUCAUUUUUUUUGCUUUUGUUAUUCUGGUUCCUCUUGUUUGUACUGAAGCUUUCCACUCGUAUGCAUUGUUAUUGAUAAAUGUAUGCCGAGCAGUUAUUUCAGCCUUUAAAUAAAGUUUGCUUCGUAUCUUAA